UGAGCCGGAGUACGGCGAGAAGCAGCGCAGCAGCAGCGAGCGACUACAGUACAGGUACGGAUCAGUGAAAGCAUUCGCAGCCUACUUCGCGACUAGUCGACAGUAAGACAUCAUGGCGAUUGGUUAGGUUGCGCGUCACUCGAAAAAUUUACCGUGAUCUCGCAUAAUACAAUCUCGCGUAUUCGCGAAUUGCCGGCAUUGAAUUUUUCGUCGGAUGGCCGCAUAUCGAUCUCCCGUUGCGUAAUAACGUCCAGACGCGAAUGACACAAUGGUGAAGCUGACCGAGGAGAUGGUCGUGGCUCGCACGCGAGUCUCUGACUUUUCCGCCGUAAAGAAACUCAAUUGCUGGGGAACAGAAUUAACAGAUGUUAGUAUCUUAAGAAAGAUGAAGAAUGUGGAAGUAUUGUCAUUGAGCAUAAAUAAUAUUAAUACACUUGCUGAUUUUCAAUACUGCCACAAGCUUCAAGAUUUAUUCAUAAGACGAAAUAAUAUCAAAGAUUUAAAUGAAGUUUGUUAUCUCCAAGGAUUGCCUAAUUUACGAAAUUUAUGGCUCGGUGAAAAUCCAUGUGCAGAAAAGGACGGAUAUCGAUUAGCGGUACUUAGAGCUUUGCCAAAUCUUGAGAAAUUAGAUGAUAAAGUAGUAACACCUGAAGAAGUGCAAACUGCAAUGACAUUUGGGCGGUCUUUAAUACAUCCGCUUGAAGUAGAUGCUUCUCCGCAAUCAGAUGUAGUAACCCCAGAGGAUAUUGCAAUUGAAUACAUUGAAGAAACUGAAUUGGUACGUUCUAGGAGGUACAGUUCUUCUAGUGAUCAGAGAAGCUUUGAUGAAACGCAACAUAUACAUGAAGAAUAUGACCCUGAUAGAAGAAACGCAAAUUAUAAUGCGUCAUCGUCACAUCAUUACUCACAAAAUAAUCAAUAUGCGUAUGAGCUGCAAAAUGGACAAUCAAAGAAUCAGAGCAAAGAUGACACUGUGUGUGCAGAGUCACGCAGCAACAGUGAGACUGUGACCACUAACACUCUUGAAAUAUCCAAGGAUUACGAUGAACGUCCAGUAGUACAACGACAUAAUGGAGAUUACGAUGAAAGACGAGCUUACUCUGAGUACGGUGGAAACGAAGUACCUCAGCGUGUAUACGCAUCAACACCGCAACGUACGCAGUAUGCUGUCAGUGAAUUUGAUGACAAGCGUAACGACAGAAAUAAUUAUGGUUAUGAUGAGAGAACAAGAUUAGAAUAUGAGGAUUCGUCACAACCUCCGCAGACGCCUCAAACAAGAAGAAUGGCAACUCACAACGAAAGGGAAGAUAUAAAUCAAGGACCUGGGUGGGUAAGACAUGCGGAAAAAGACAAAUGUAGAAACCAAUUUCACUAUCACAGACGGCCAGUGACGAGAAAUUCAAACAUAUUAUCUGCUGUAUUGUGCUUAGUUAAGGAGUUGGAUUAUCCGAGUCUGGAAGUUGUAGAAAUGGCUGUUAGAAAUCGAAUGGACGAAUUAGAAGAAUGAUGUUUCUGACACCGUCCCCAAAAUCCACAGGGGACGGUCGCCUUCUCCCAUCUCAGCAAUAUGUCUUCUGUUCCCAGUCCAGAAUUCUCCGACUCGCUUGAUUCCUCUACGAUAACUUUGAGUCAAUACGCUGAUGAUGGGAUUUGCAACAACGACGAUCAUACGCUUGGCCACCAAUUACUCGAAGAAAAUAACGAUAAGUCGAAAAUUCGACGAAAUGAUGUCGAAAAAUAUGUCGAAAAAGUUUGCUCAACAUACAGCCCGAAAACAGUAUCGAUUGAUCCAAACCCGAGAUUGCUCGAAAAUAAUCAGUCCAUGUAUAAAAUUAAAGAUUCCGUAUUAGAUAAUUCACCGUCGAGAAAUUUUCAAGAGAGAAAAGGUGAUGUAAGACGCGUAGCAAGCAGUGACAGUAUUCCUCGUGGUAGUUAUAACAAUGUCGUUUUAAGUCAGGGAUGUAGAGUUUUAAGUCAAGAUUGCGUAAGAAGAUCAAAAAGCCUUGACGUUAGGAAUACAGUUACUCCACUUCGUUACAUUCAAAAGGCAAAAGGAACAUGGACAUAUAAUUUGUAAGUUACAAUACAUGAUAAAAUUUGAUAAGAUCAAUCUAAAAUAAUAUUCUACAUCUCCUGCAAAUGCGAUCAAAAAUAAUCUUUACAAUAAAACGAAGAAAAAAAAUUGAAAAAUUUUAGUAACGGAUACAAGACUUUAAGCUCGAAGAUUGGUCUCAUCAUGUUAUUUCUCGGAAGAAAUAUCUCCGAGUACAAAAAAUUUACGAUUGUGAUAUUUCUGCAAGGACUGAAGAAACAAAUGUAGUUAUCUUCAUAUGUAUUAUGUGUACAUGUAAUAAUAUAUUAUAAUUGUCAUUUCAUAUUAACAAACAAAUCUGACGAAUGUGAUUUUAUUUAAUAACCGUUGAGUUUUUCUAAAAUUUUAUUUAAAUAAAUUUUGUUAUAAUAUAAAUAUUCUCUAUGUAUAAAACACAAGAUUAAAGAUAAAUUAUAUGCUCUAUUAAAUAUUUUCUCAACAAAGAAAACAUUUGAAGUUUUUAUCUGGAAAGAAAAAAAUAUCUAGAACAAUAACAAAGUUCGUUUAAAGAUCAAUAUUAAAAAACAACAAUGUCUACAAUAAAAUAUGACACGAAUAAAAAAAUGUAUAUAUUUAGAAGGUGAAUUUGUACACAAAUAGUAUUCUAUAAAAAAUAGUUUAAUAUGUAUAUUAUAUACAUAUAAUUUAUAAUCCAAAUACAAUCUCAGUAUAUCAAUGAAUGGUAAAAGUGUACAUACACGAAAAACUAAAUUCCUAAGUAUUACUAUUUUCUUGAUGUAUUUUCUUCAACUAUUUUCUUUAAUGUUAUUAUUUGAUUGCAGAGGUGUAUAUUAAUUGUUUUUAACCAAUGUAACAAAAAAGAAAAGGUUAAUUUAUUAUGUAUACACAUUAUAAAAUUGUACUUAAAAAUAAUAACAUAAGCAAAAGAACUAUGUAAGAAUGUAUAUUAUAUAUAGAUUAACUUUAGGCUGACAACAAGCGUAUAAGGACGUAUUUUUUUAGACAAACCUUCCUUAUACAUAUUAUGCUGCUAAUAGAUAAGAAAAGCAGAAAGAAAACAAAGAAUUACAUUUUUUCUGCAAACAAUACCGUUCUAUCAACCAAGCCAACAACUGAUGAUAAUUAGAUUUAAGGCAUUUUAUAACAGUGUAAAACGCAAUGACUUUCAUUAUUUCAUUAUCCACAACCGUCCACUUAUAUUAUUUUAUAACUUAUAAACAAUUACUUUAAUGUAUAUAUACAAUUAUACAUAGAUUUGAUAUAUUUAAAAAUUUACGUAAAAAGAUUUGAUCCUUAAAUUAUGAUGAAUAGUUGGAACGUUGUGAAUUUGUAUUAUCGCACUUACAAAUCAACUUCGAAUCGAUAUCCAUGUCAACAUUCUCCGUACAUUAAUCGAACAUUUUGUUAACUUAUAAAAAAUGAAAAAUUAUAUUGAUGCUAUUGAUACC